AUGACCGGCCAACAGCAACAGGAAAAGCCGAAAAUAAACUACGUGCAGGGGCCACUCCCAAAAUCCAACCCGGGGCAACAGCGACAGCAACAGCAGCAGCAGCAACACCAACAUCAGGUGGGAGACCAAACUGACAGACAAGACAGGACGGGAGACACCAGAGCUGGAGGGGUGGCGGCUCUGGUACGACAAACAGUACCGCACGAAAGGGUAAUAUUUCCCGCCACGGACAUCGAGAAUGUAGCCGUCAGGCUACCGAGAAAUACGUAUGUUGCGCUGACACCAACACAAGAGAAGAUCAACAAUGAUAUUUCCGCCCUCAGACUCGACAAACCAGACAUAAACGACGACGACAAAGACUACCAGCCGCGCAUGCAGACGUCGCCAAAAGAAAUAUGGAACAUCAUAAAAAAGCUUCCAAGCAAAAAAGCCUCGGGAGUCGACGAGAUCCAUAAUGCAGUUAUUAAAAAUCUACCACAAAAGGUUGCGAGGAUCACGGACGAGAUUACGGACAACUUCUCCAAGGAUACGAAUACCGCGAUGGCGCUGCUGGACACAUGGAAUGCUUUUGACAGGGUAUGGUUCGAGGGACUGACCUUCAAACUUCUGAAGAUCAGUCUCCCGCGCCGGCUAGUCAGGCUGUUAGACUCGUACAUGACAGGACGGACGUUACAAGUACGGAUAGGAACUGAACUUUCGAUGGAGAGGUCGGUGAAGGCAGGGGUGCUUCAGGGAUCGGUCCUCGGGCCGAAACUCUUUGCGUACUACCUGUACGACAUGCCGACGUUCUCAAAGACAAGACUGGUACUUUACGCAGACGACACCGCACCUAUGCACACUCUUUCAGUGCAGAGGUGA